CAGGUGAACACACAUAUUACCUUCCAAACACUGCAUUAUUUAACAGCCAACGUGAGAUGCAAGGAUAGUCUGAGCUUCUAGUUCCAUAUUUGAGAUGUUUGCAGCGGCUACCAAGAACUUUGUCAAGCAGGUGGGCGACACUGGGAGGUUGAUCCCCGUCCCGAGCCUGAGCGAGGCCGACCGCUAUCAGCCACUAAGCCUUGUCACCAGGAAGAGAAAGAGGCGUUUCUGGAAGAAAAAGAACAAAUAUGCCUCCACUGCAUUCUCCCUCAAAGAUAUCCUAGUAGGGGAGAAGGAGAUCACAGCAGGUGUAUCCUCAUAUCAGCUUCUCAACUAUGAGGACAAAUCGGACGUGGCCCUCAACGGUCGCCUUGGAAACCACCUCAUCAACGACGUGGGGUUCAACGUAAGCGGCUCCGACUCGGUGGCCGUCAAAGCUUCCUUUGGCAUUGUGACCAAACACGAGGUGGAAGUGCCUACAUUGCUGAGGGAACUCAACUCCAGGAAAGUGGAUGUGGAACACUGCCUGGUCCGCCAAUUGAGGGAGAACGGAUGGAGUGUCCUGUGUGUCGUCAUGGAGAGCAUACGCACCACUCGCCAGUGCUCUCUGACAGUCCAUGCUGGCAUGAGGGGGGCCACCAUGAGGUUUCAGAUCGAUGAUGGCAGGAACCCAAAAGGCCGAGAUAAGGCCAUUGUCAUCCCGGCUCACACCACCAUCGCCUUCAGCAUCUGCGAGCUGUUUGUUCGACUGGACGGGCGACUCGAUAUCUGCGUUGCACCGGGAUCUCAAGGUGGAUUUGAACAGGAGCAAAGCAGGGAGCAGCUGGGGGGCUUCAUCGGUCAUUUCUCAAUGGGCCGACUGCGCCGCUUCCUGUCAGGCAUCAUCUAUGGGAACCCCUUCAGAGCAGAUGACAGAACAUUGGAAGAGCUCACUCACUCUGAUACCUUCAUGGACGACUCGAUGACUGACUACUACGAGAAAGCCGCCAGCAUGACCGACAUCUCCACCAGCUACCUGAGGGAAAGCUCCCACACACGCGUCAACCUCCUGAAACACAACAUCCCCAAGGGGCCAUGUGCGCUGUGCGGCAUGGGCAAUCAAAGAAGAGAAACUGUCUAUGGCUGUGUGGAAUGCUCGUUUGGUGGGCAAAAAUAUGUACGGCUGCAUGUUGUACCCUGCUUCGACCUCUGGCACAAAACUCUGAAGUGAUGAAGUUUGUUUUUGUUUUCAGGCUGAAAUAUUUCUGUUGUUCCACAAAUAAGAGUAACUAAUCACCACCGCACUGCCCUGAACAUGACCUACUCUAUUGCGAUAAAUCUAAAGACAAAAAUAAGCUGCUUGAGCAAAUACUAAAGAAAUACGAGCAUUGGGACGUCUCACUGUUGGCUCUCUUCAGAACAACGAGCAAGGCUUGGUACAACAUCAAACAUACCGAACUGCCUGUGAUAGUUAUGCAUUUAUUUUAUUCCCUGCAUUUCGCCCGACACAUCCUUAUACUAAACACUUCAGUCUUGCGAGAGAUGGUAUUUUGCUAGUUAAUCAUGCCCACACAAAAAUGAUUUCCCAUUAGAGUCCAUAUUCAAGGUACAAAGUAUUAAGUUGAUGUUACGCUCUUAGAAAUGCAAAUUCGUCACUCAAUCACUCUUUUUUGAAUAUGAAUUAACAAUGAGCACACAAUGUACUUGCAAAAAUAAGUGUGAGCUUGUUGACGUGGACAAUGACAGAAUGGACAUUUUUAUCUAAUGUUAUCAUUUUAUGAGCACAUAGCAAAAUGUUUCAGCUAGAAAGCUGACUGUUUUACAAAUAUUUUAUGAAUUU